AUGACGCUCAGCAAUCCACAAAUAUCCACAGUAAUGUAUCAAAACAGCUCGCCACUUAACCAAUAUCAAAUGAAUAUUACCCCUAACACUAAGAUAAGUAAACCAAAUAAGUUUACUAGUAGUCGGUCUCAUUUCAAUACCAGUUAUAAUAAAUCACUGGAACCAAACCAUUCGUCAACUAAUAAUUAUAAUCUUCGAUCGAGUGUGGUUUUACCCUCGAUUUCGACGCUAGUAUCUGAUGUUUAUCAUCAACCUGCUCAAACUAAUAGUGUAGUGAGUACACCAGAGUCAUCGUAUCAAUAUAUGAAUUAUCCAUCAACGACUCAAUAUGGGGUAUACAAUCCUAUAACUCUGCCAAUAGGUAUUUCAAUGCCUCCUGUUCCGGUCAUUCAACUUCAAUUAGCAAACACUAUCCCUGUCCAACAGUUCCAACAAGUGGUAAAUAGUCCACCACAAGCGCUGCCUGUUGUUCGUUCUUCGUCAUUACCUUCAACAACGUCAACGUCAACGUCGAAUUCAAAUAAUAUGAUACAUCAGCAUUUAUCAAAAGUGUACGUAGAACAACAACUCAUGAAGAAUACAAAGGAAUGUCCCGUAUGUGGGAAAAUGUGCUCAAGGCCAUCCACUUUAAAGACUCAUUUCUUAAUACAUACGGGUGACACACCUUUUAAAUGUACCUAUCAUGGUUGUAAGAAGUCAUUUAACGUUAAGAGUAAUAUGUUUAGGCAUUUAAAAUGUCAUGAAAGGAAGAAGAAUAAGAAGCUACAAUGA